AUGAAUGCUUUCACACAUUCGCAUGAGCCUAUCAUUAUUUCGUAUCACAACACAAGCGGCGAAUUCCAGUUGUAUCGCUUCAUAAUGUGUGUCAGCGUUCGUCAAGGUCAAUUACUCUUGCGUCCGUUAAUCCAGUACUUGCUAACCCUUGUAACCGCGAUGGAUUUAUUCGUGGUGCUUGCAAUCGGCACCAUAGUUCUGCUUAUCUAUCACUAUGUUUCACAAAAAUAUCACUACUUCCUCGCGAAACCAAUACCAUGCCUGAAGCCAACAUUCCUGCUCGGCAGCAGCGGGCCGGCCCUCUUCCGCAAACGGGACAUAGCGACACAUUUUCGGCUGAUUUACAACACACACCCGGAUUCCAAGCUAAUCGGGUUUUACGACUUCACCAGUCCAUCCUACCUGGUGCGUGACCCGGAUGUGAUUAAAAAAAUCGGCGUAAAAGAUUUUGAUUUCUUCACCGACCAUACGCCGCUGGUUCCGGCUGAUGAAACGGCUACCGGUGAAGUCGGAGAGGAAAGUCUAUUUCUGAACACGCUUUUUGCCCUUCGCGGUCAAAAGUGGCGCGAUAUGCGUGCAACCCUUAGUCCGGCUUUUACCGGUAGUAAAAUGCGGCACAUGUUCCAGCUGGUCGCCGAAUGUGCCCGGUCUAUGAACGGUUUCUUCGCUGCGGAGGCCAAGACUGGAAAACGGUUAGAGUGCGAAAUGAAGGAUACUUUUUCGCGAUUCAGCAACGAUGUUAUCGCUACGGUUGCGUUCGGAAUACAGGUAAAUUCGCUGAAGGAACGAGACAACGAGUUCUACGCGGCCGGCAAAGAAAUGGUAAAUUUUCAAUCGUUCACUAUCAUUAUGAAAUUUAUGUUGAUGGCUUUCGCGCCUCGGUUGAUGAAGAAAUUGAAAAUCGACUUUUUAAGCUCUAAACUAAAGAAGUAUUUCAAAGAAAUGAUUCUGGAUAACAUGAAACAACGCAAUGUCCACGGCAUUGUCCGGAACGAUAUGAUAGACAUACUCAUGCAAGUACAGAAAGGUGUACUGGAACACCAGAAAAAUGAAAAAGAAACCAAAGACGCCGGAUUCGCUACGGUUGAAGAGUCUGCCGUAGGAAAGUCUACCAAUUCACGAGUUUGGACGGAGAAUGAAUUGAUCGCACAAUGUUUAUUGUUUUUCCUUGCCGGAUUCGAAACCGUUUCAACGUGUAUGACCUUCCUUACAUAUGAGCUGUUGGCCAAUCGGGAUGUUCAAGAUCGACUGCAUCGGGAGAUUCAAGAAACUGAGCAUUCACUGAAUGGAGUACCUCUCAGUUAUGAAGUACUGCUGCGGAUGCCAUACAUGGAUAUGGUCGUAUCGGAAGCUCUUCGACUGUGGCCACCAGCCGUCUUUUCGGAACGUUCUUGUAGCAAAAAUUAUCUUUACGACGACGGAGCUGGGACGCGGUUUACCAUCGAGAAAGGACGUACGCUUUUGAUCCCUAGUUUCGCCAUUCACAGGGACUCGAAGUACUGGGAAAGGCCGGAUCAGUUCGAUCCGGAACGAUUUAGCGAAGAGAACCGAUCGAAAAUUAAUCCUGCAGCUUAUAUUCCAUUCGGGAUUGGACCACGUAACUGCAUUGGAUCCCGGCUGGCUCUGAUGGAGGUAAAACUGAUUGUUUACUAUUUGCUGAGAGAUUUUUCCUUGGAACCAACGGAGAAAUCGGAGAUUCCGCUGAAACUGAAGAAAGUAAUGUUCGCUAUGAUACCGGAGAGUGGAGUUUGGUUGGAGGUGAAACCAAGAAGAGAACCGUAAACAUGUUCGAUUUAGAUGAAUCAUGAUUUCAAAAAGGAAAUUCUUAAGAAAAUGUCAGAUGUUAACCUUCACCUACUAAAUUCACCUUUCCCCAUUCAGUGGAUCUACAAAGUGAUCGUAAAUCGAACCAAAGAAAAAUCCUGUAAUCAUUGCGAAAAUAUUUAAACCGAUCACAUCAGAUCUUUAUUGUUGCAAACGUGACUUUAAAUAAUUUGAAAGUUUUUGAUCAACAACUUUUACAAUUUUUAUCAUUUUGAUCAAUUUUUUGUUAAAUUCUGCUGUACCAUAUUUUUUCAGUUUUUAAAGACUUGGGAUAGGGGUUUCAUAAAA